CAGGCACUGAAAAUAAUAAGCUUAUGCGGAUGGGAACCUCGCUUGCUUCCAUAUACUAUUGAAUUUGAGGACAAGUCUGGUACAUCUGCCAAAAUUACCACUUCACUUGUGUCUUCAGAAGAGAUACCCUGUGAAGCAACACAAAAUAUCACACACUGCUUAUCAAACAGUCACAAUGAUGUUGGAGAGAGGAAGGACAGUUACACUCCGCUUGGUGAAUUCCUAUAUGAUCAAUCAUCUACUGUCUUAGAUUGUAAGUUUUGUGGUGCUUGUGUGGGAUUGUGGUUUUUCAAGGCAAUACCUCGUCCUUUGGAAUUCUUCAAGGUAGUUAUAGAUAGUAGUCCUCCAAGUGCGCUAGCUACUGGAACUGCAGAUUUAGCUCACGAUGUAGAAGUCCCAAGAGUUGAGAAUUGUGGCAGAGGAGAUCACAAUUCUAUUAUGGAAAAACCAUUUGGCUUACAUCUAACAAUUGCAGGCGGGCCUCCACCAACCAAACAACAUUUUCGACCAAAAAUAUCUCUUCCUGCUGUCAGUAGGCAUAUAAGAGCUGAAUUGUCAUAUAAUUCUUAUUUAAGAAAUCAUCAAAGUUCAUCAGGGAAGGAAGCCAUUGCUUGCCAAGAAAAGGGAUUUAAUGGCCAUCAUGAUGCUGGAUCACAAGCUGUUGGAUCCUUGAAGCGAAAAAGAAGUGAAAUUGAAAAUUCUAAUUCCCAGCUGCAUUUGGAAGGAAAUCAUGAUGAUAUGGGCAAUGGUCUUGCACAUGAAGUGGGGAGUGAACUUACUUCUAAAGAAACCCCUUAUAACACCCCAUGUACUGAUGUAAUUGUCAGGGAUGCUGUAGCCAAUCAGAUUGUUUCUGUGUCAAAGCCAAUUGAUACCAGUGAAUCAAAUGAUUUUGUUUCAAGAUUAGAUGAAUCUAACUGUGGUGAUACACCAGAAAAUGAUCAUUGUGAUCCUUCAGUUCCUGCAUUUUCUUCAAUUAUUAAAAUGAAUUCAUCCACCUGCUCUAAAGCAGGUGAUAAAGGUCUUUGUUUCCAAACAACUGACGGAACAAGUGUAGGCAAACAAGACUCAAUAGAAUUUGCAAAGAAAGGAUCUGUUUCCAUUACUCGGGAGGAAGAUGUUGAUCAUGUAUUAGG